GGAUUUGUAUCCCAUGUUCAAGAAAUCAAAAAUGACACCAAUCCGGAGGCUCUGUUUCCUCCUGAAAAACCCCCCUUUGAACCCCACCACGACCACCACCGUGUUUCGUCACUUCUCCACCACCAACACAGGCGACGACGAGUGGAAUGAUGCAUGGGAAACAGCUUGGCUCCCCGACGAGCUCGCGGGAAAGACUCGAGCCCCAUGGGAAACAGACGUCAACUUCUCACUUUCCUCCGCUGAAACCGUCCCUUCUCAAAAUCCUAACAAUUCCCAUCUUGAUAUGGAUUCUGAGACCAAGGCUUUCGUGGAGGACAUGAACGAGAACUGGGAUCAAAGAAAAGGGAAGCCCAGAAGUAGUAGUACCAACGCGGAUAAGAAUGAUGGGGUGGUUAAAAAAGAGGGAAUUGGUGCUGGGGCGGCUGGAGCUUCGUCUGAGCUUUAUAGGCUGGAGAAUAUCAAGAGGGAUUAUAGAUUGAAGAAGCAGAGAGUUCAUGCCGGGCUAUGGGCGAAGGAGAUUGAGAAAAUGGAGGAGGCUAGGUUGGGGGAUUCCAUUUCUGGUGCUGGCGAUGACAUUGAGAAAUUGCUUGAUAGCUGCUCAGAGAUAUUUGAUUCUCCCGGUGAUGAUUUAAAUAAUACUAAAAUUCCUGGCACAGAGUUCAAAAAUAAGCCUGAUGGAUGGGAAACAACGUCAAGAGCUCAAGAUGGGAAUAUAUGGCAAAUGACACAAAGAGAAGAAGACAUUCUGCUUCAAGAAUUUGAGCGCCGAAUUGCAUUCAACAAGUUCCAGAUUGCAAGUUUUAUUAAAACUCACAUAUUUAGCCGAAGAAGACCCAUUGAUGGAUGGAAGUACAUGAUAGAGGUGAUUGGACCAAAUGCAAAGAGAGGGAAAGGCAGUGUCUCAAGAUUGCCUAGUGUAUCAGAUCCAGCAACUCAACCUUUCAAAGAGGAGAAAGCACCAAUUACCAGUACUCCCCUCUCCUACAAGGGGAGGUAAUAGUCAUCCUUGCUCGUAGGAGCAUCCAUAUUCAAUCAGAGAUGUUUGUUACCUUGUUAACAGGAGUGAGGGAGUUUCUACUGAGAUUCGAAUGAAUUUUAGCAUUGUCACAUACAAGUCAAAUUCAGAGAGCUCAGCAUGAGUUUGCAAUACUUGUAUGGGAAACAGAUGAAAAGAAGCCACAUGUUUUAUUCUGGAGUGAACGAAGAAAAGAAAACAGAACUUGAGCAAGAGAAUGCCUUGAGCUGCUAUUUCCCUACUUUGGAAGUCCAUUUCUCUCGGAAGCCGAGAGGAUCAUGUUGCACAAUACGGAAGCAUGAAUGAAGAUACCGCUGAGAGAAGGAAACAGUUGCGCAGUUCAUCUCGCAAGUUCAGGUGAAGCUGAACUUGAAAUUGUAGUAUUGAUGAAGAAUCCAUUAAACGUUUGUUGUUGGUUGAUUUAGCACUAGCGGAUUCUGUUUAGGAAUAUUUAAAUGGGCGUUUGCCGUUAGAUGUGCCAAAAACGAAAAAGAAAGGAAAGGCAUUCUACUUCUCUUGUGCUCAAAAAAUUAGUGAAACAAAAAGGUAAAGUAAAUCGUCCCCCAAGUUUUUCCUUUUCUUUUUUCACCCUUGUCACGACGACCCAUCCAAAAGGGUCAGAAGAAUAAUGGCCCAUCAUAACCCCAAAACCCAGAGAAAACAUUUGCUGUCGACUUUUGACCCAAAAAAAAAAACAAGAAAAAUCGCCCUCCUCCUACAACCUGUAUAGUAGCCCCGCCCCACGUGUCACUCACCUCAUAUGUUGAAACUUACGACAUCGUAGCAAGAAAGCCAUGAACGGUCCGUGCUUGGAAGGGUCGUGCAGUCAGAAAGUAGGUCAAAUGUGAGAGAGCACCUCCCCAGUACCACCCAGCAAACGACCUCGUUCCCUUAUAUUUUAAACAUGUGUGUGAGUAACGGAAUAUGAAGAAUGGAUGUGAGACGAACUGUGGAGCUGUCAGAAAACACUGCAGUGGCCUACUGUUCCUUCUCCGCGUCUCCCACCAACGUUGCCGUCUCCGAAAGAAAGUUUGCUUACAGCAAAUUACCCAGAAUAAUUUGCGGCAAAUAUUCCUUUGAAAAAAACUGUGCCUUCAUCAGGUAAUUAUCGAUCCUGUCUCUAUCUUAUUUCUUUCUCUUCUUAUUCAUAAUUACGUGAACUUUUUCCCGACCAAAUCAUACCCUCACUGGAUUCUCGCCGGCCGAUCUUUAUCUACCGACCGGUGCAAGAUGGCACCGAAAGAACCCUUUUUUCUUCUCGGGUUUUUGCUCUUGUUUUGUUUUUUAAUGUCCUUUUCCAAUGCGAACUGCCCCAAAACCAAUUCUUCCCUCCUCAACUACACAUCCCAAUUCUUGAUGGUACAACACCAAUUGCGUGGGGUACUUACUAUCCUAGAUGAUUGUUCCUUUAAGGUUUCCCAAUUUGAUAUGCUUCAAGGCUCGGAUAAUGUUAGCUGGUGGGGUGCCUCGGGUGAAACCUUCGAAAAUCUCACUCGGGGUUUUCUGAUCUCAGAUCAUAAGUUGAAUCAGACCUAUAAAAAUGAUAGCUUUACUGUUAAUUUACUGAAAAAUGUCACUUGGGAUCAGAUCAAAGUUCUUUCUGUUUGGGAUUUGCCCACUGCUUCUGAUUUUGGUCACGUUGUCCUUGGGGGGAAUUCUUCCUCCACCAAUUUUAAUGGGACUGGUGGUCCUUUGACAGUUACAAUGUUCGAUAAUUGUAAAGUUUUGUCGAAAAACUAUAGGGUUAGGUGGAAUUAUAGUGAAGAUAAGGAUUUUAUUGAUUUUGGGUUGGAAGGUGCUAUUGGGAUUCAGAACUAUAUGGCCUUUGGUUGGGCAAAUCCCAAUGCUUCCGAGAAGUUUAUGGUGGGUGGAGAUGUGACUGUGAGUGGUUUUAAGGAGAAUGGAAUGCCAUUUGCAGAGGAUUAUUUCAUAUCAAAGUAUAGUGAGUGUGUGGUGAAUGAGGAGGGGAAGUUUCAGGGGGUUUGUCCUGAUUCCAUGCUUGAUAGCUCUGAUCCUAUUGGUUUGGUUAACAACACGAGAUUAGUUUAUGGGCAUAGGAAGGAUGGGGUUUCUUUUAUAAGGUUUAGGAGGCCGCUGAAGAGUGUUGAUGGGAAGUAUGAUUUGGCUGUGAAUCCUAAGGCUAAGAUGACUGUGAUCUGGGCUUUGGGCUUGAUAAAGCCGCCUGAUAGUCUUCGCCCUUUUUAUCUUCCUCAAAAUCAUGGUGGUACUUUUGGACACUUGGUACUUAACAUAUCAGAGACUGUGAAUGAUUGCUUGGGACCUUUGGAUGCUGAAGACAAGGAGGACCAAGAUCUUGUCAUUGCUGAUAAGAAGGAACCUCUAGUUGUUUCGACUGGGCCAGCAUUGCAUUACCCCAAUCCGCCUAAUCCUUCAAAAGUUCUUUAUAUUAACAAGAAGGAGGCUCCUGUUCUUAGGGUUGAGAGAGGGGUUUCAAUCAAGUUCUCCAUACAAGCAGGGCAUGAUGUUGCAUUCUAUAUCACCUCUAAUCCACUUGGUGGAAAUGCUACCUUGAGGAAUAUGUCUGAGACUGUUUAUUUUGGGGGACCAGAAGCUGAAGGAGUCCCAGCAAGCCCUACAGAACUGACAUGGGCGCCUGAUCGCAAUACACCAGAUAUAGUUUAUUAUCAUUCUGUCUAUACGCAAAAGAUGGGUUGGAAAGUUCAAGUAGUUGACGGGGGUCUGCCAGAUAUGUAUAACAAUAGUGUUGUUUUGGAUGAUCAGCAAGUCACACUUUUUUGGACAUUAUCAAAAGAUUCAAUAUCAAUUGCAGCUCGGGGUGAAAAGAAAAGUGGUUAUCUUGCAAUAGGUUUUGGACGUGAAAUGGUACACAGCUAUGCUUAUGUGGGUUGGAUUGAUGAUGAUGGAAAAGGAAGGGUGAGCACAUAUUGGAUAGAUGGAAGGGAUGCCUCUAGUUUGCAUCCAACUCAGGAGAACUUGACAUAUGCAAGAUGCAAGUCUGAAAAUGGUAUCAUCACAUUUGAAUUCACCCGUCCGUUACACCCAUCUUGUAGUAAAAGAGAUGAAAGGCCAGAAUGUAAUAACAUUGUUGAUCCUACAACCCCUCUUAAAGUUAUUUGGGCAAUGGGUGCUCAAUGGUCAGACAACCACUUGAGCGUUACAAAUAUGCACUCUGUCACAAGCAAGAGGCCUGUUCACGUGUUGCUUAUGCGUGGUUCUGCUGAGGCAGAGGAGGACUUGCGGCCAGUAUUAGCUGUACAUGGUUUUAUGAUGUUUCUUGCGUGGGGUAUACUGCUUCCUGGUGGUAUUCUAGCUGCAAGAUACUUAAAGCAUGUCAAAGGUGAUGGGUGGUUUCAACUUCACGUAUACUUGCAAUACUCAGGAUUAUCAAUCGUUUUCCUUGGUUUUCUUUUUGCUGUAGCCGAGCUUCGAGGUCUGUUCCUCCACUCAUUACAUGUGAAGCUUGGAAUGCUGGCAAUAUUGUUGGGUGUUGUGCAACCAGUAAAUGCCUACUUUCGACCUAAGAAACCUGGUGCUGGAGAGGUGGUUUCUUCAAGGAGGAUUCUUUGGGAAUAUAUGCAUGUCAUUGUUGGCAGGUCCAGCAUUCUUGUUGGGGUUGCAGCUCUUAUCACUGGAAUGAAGCAUUUGGGAGAAAGAUACGGUGAUGAAAAUGUUCAUGGACUUACUUGGGCUCUGAUAAUCUGGUUAUUGGUUGGUGCUUUGACAGUAAUUUACUUGGAGUACCGUGAGAAGAAGAGGCGGCAGGAUAGAGUAUCUGGAGGAAGCAGUUGGGUAUUGGGUAACGGUGAGGAGGAGGAUGUCGAUCUCUUGAGUCCAAGUCGGACAGUAGCAGAAAAAGAUUCAGAUUUUUCUGAAAGAAUGGAAGUGCAGUUAGAACCUUUGAGCAGAUAGAAACUCCCUUUGAAGACUCGCCUAGGAUAUAAACUUGCUCUGGUCCAGCAAUUUUGAAAUCGGCAAAUCAUACAGAAGACAGCAGGCUUUGUUGGUUACAAGGUUUUAGGUGUAUCACAUGUCACGGCUUUGUCCUACUUUUUGUCCCUCGCGAGGCAGCUAAGCUGCUGGAUGUAAUUGUAUACUCCAUACAUUUAUUGGCAUAGUUAAAAAGUAUUCUUUUUAAUAGAAAUCUCUGUAGAAAGGAUUUU